UAUACUGCCAUUCUAUUCUUUAACGCCUUGUGUGUCGUCCAAGUUCACUAAGCUGCAGCUCACCAGUUCUUUUGGCACCUUGAUCCCGGGCAGGAGUCGUAUAUAUUCUUCGUCUUAAAUUAAAUUUUAGAAGAACGAAAUGGCACCAAAGAAAGACGUCAAGAAAGCCGAGCCCGCGAAGCCGGCUGCUGCACCCGCACCGGCACCCGCACCGGAGCCUGCACCGGCACCUGCUAAGCCCGCCGUCGACCUGUCCGCUAUCAAGGUGGAGUUUUCUGCUGACCAGAUGGAUGACUACAGAGAGGCCUUCGGACUAUUUGACAGAGUUGGUGAUAACAAGGUGGCCUACAAUCAGGUGGCUGACAUGAUGCGUGCUCUUGGACAGAACCCCACCAACAAGGACGUAGCGAAGAUCCUGGGAAAUCCAUCUGCAGAAGAAAUGGCCAACAAAAGGGUGGACUUUGAGAGCUUCCUGCCCAUGCUGCAAGCCAUCGUCAACACCACAGAGAAGGGAACCUUUGAGGACUACGUGGAGGGUCUGCGUGUCUUUGACAAGGAGGGCAAUGGCACAGUGAUGGGCGCUGAGUUGCGAAUCGUCCUGUCAACACUGGGUGAGAAGCUGACUGCGUCCGAGGUCGAUGCUCUCAUGCAGGGACAGGAAGACGAGAACGGCUGUGUCAACUACGAGGCUUUCGUCAAGCACGUCAUGUCUGUGUAAGACGUCUCCAGCAGAAGUCGUGGAAGCCGACGCAUAUCUGCGGACCCUAUGGUCUCGGGACGCCCACUCAUUGUUUCUUAGACCAGCCGAGGAACAAAAAGGACAAUGGGAUGUCACUUCUCAGCCAUUCGUUUCCUUUUUGCUUUUCUGUCCUCCCCCUCUCUCUGGAGGCCACCUCUCCACAGCAGAGCAUGCCCACUUUUAACCUGAACCCCCUCCAAUUUGCUGCUUGUGAAGGUUUGCCUCCUACAGAGGGAUGGACCAGAGGAUGUGGUAGAGGUGGGAGUUGCCCCCUCCCCUUGCCCCACCCCACCACGUCACUGCUGUACUCACUGGUGGUGCUCAAAUACUUGCCAUGACUUUGUACUUGACCUCCCAUUCCCUCAACACGUAAUUUAUUUUUGGUCUGUCAUUUCACAAAAUAAACUUGUUAAAGGUACACCAUAA